UUCUACUUCUACUAGCAAGUAGUGACUAAGUAACCUUAUCUCUCAGACAUCAUAUUCAUUCAAAUUUUAAAGUGCUGAUAUACAUUUUCCACUUUUCUACCAAACACAAACACGGUAUUGUUUCAUCAUUCUGACUUUCUGAGCGAAUAAUAAUUUUCAAUUUAUCCCAAAACUAUGGCUUCAACAAAUGGAAUUGAUAAAUCGGAAAUUUUCAAACAAAGAGCAAAGCUGCUGGAGGAUAAUUUAGAAUAUUUUCCGGAUUUUCCCAAAGAGGGUAUCCUUUAUAGUGAAAUGUUCAAAAUAUUGAGAACGCCCGAACUUUUUUCUAUCCUUCGAGAUCUAUUGAUUGAAAAAACCAAAGAAUUCCAACCUUUACCCGAUGUAAUCAUAGGCAUUGAUUCCAAGGGAUUUCUCUUUGGGCCUCUAGUAGCAUUAGAGUUGAAAGUCCCAUUCGUUCCAAUAAGAAAGAGAGGAAAGUUACCAGGAAAAGUAAAGUCGGCUUCUUAUGAACUAGAAUAUGGCAAGGAUGUUAUGGAAAUGCAAGAAGGCUCUAUUAAAAAGGGUCAAAAUGCUGUUUUAGUGGACGAUUGUCUCGCUACAGGUGGAACCUUAGAAUGUGCGAGUGAACUCGUCAAGGCCUUUGAAGGCAAUCUUAUUGGAUGCCUAGUAGUAACAGAAAAGUACGAACUUGAUGGUUAUAAAAAACUUCCUUGUCCUGUAAAAUGUUUGAUGAAAGUAAAAUGAAUAAAUCACGCAAUUGCAAAAUAUCAGUCUGAAAUUCUUACGGAAAUAGUAUUUAUUUGAAAUGUUAUAAUGUUAAUCAUUGAAUGAUAAAAACAAAGAAGUUUGUUGAACUUUCUCAUUGGAUGUGAAUUACGAUCCAGACGAUCAUUUUCAUUUUUGUGUUAUCUGUAUCAAUAUCCUCUUGAAUAUACCCAUAACAUAAUGUAUAUCUACUAUACUAUUAAGUUAAUUAAUAAUUUCUUUGCUGUUUUGUUAUCUGUGAUAUUUUUUUGUCAAUUGACCCUUGUGAGUAAUUCACCGAUAUAGAUUCAUGGAAUUCCUUCAAUAAAUAUCCAUUGAAAAUUAUUUCAGAUAAUGUAUAUGCUGAUAAAAAUAUAGAACCUAAUAGUG